CUCUCUCUCUCUCUCCCUCGCUCCUCGAGCUCUCGCUAGGGUUCCGAACGUACACAGUCACUCACUCUCUCUCUCUAUCUCCUUCUCCCUCUUUCUCUCUCUUCGUGAUUGUACAGUCCCUCGCCGCGGUGGCCGCGUCCUUCAAUGCCUACAAUCGGCGCCGCCGCAUCGUCGCCCGGGGAAUUCAGGCUUCGUCUCGGGGGCGGCUUGGCGGUGUCGGCGCGUUCGCGUGCGGGAUUUCAUGUGAAUCGAAAUUGCGUGGCUUAAUUUUGGUUUUGGCGCCGCCGCCGCCGCCACGAGAUUCUUCUUCCGAUGGCACCGAGUCGCAGGAGGGGGGCGAGCAAGGCCGCCGCCGCCGCCGCCGCCGCUCGGCGGCAAUGGAAGGUCGGCGAUCUCGUGCUUGCGAAAGUAAAAGGUUUCCCCGCUUGGCCUGCCACGGUAAGUGAGCCAGAGAAAUGGGGCUAUUCAGCAGACUGGAAGAAAGUGCUUGUAUAUUUUUUUGGAACCCAACAAAUAGCAUUCUGUAAUCCUGCCGAUGUGGAAGCGUUUACAGAAGAGAAAAAGCAAUCUCUUCUUGUCAAACGUCAGGGCAAGGGUGCUGAUUUUGUACGAGCAGUUCAGGAGAUUAUAGAUAGUUAUGAGAAGCUAAAGAAGCAGGAACAAGACAAUGAUUUAAAAACUGAAAAUGAGUUUGAUGCGACAAAUGGAGGGAAUACAGUGGCGUCCUCACCAGACUUGCCAUUGAAGGAUCUGACAGGAGCUGCUGCAGGAACUUCCAAUUUUCAAUCAAAAUGUUCAAAUGAAAAAGUGACAGUAGAAAAUGAGCAGAAUCCGUCUGGUAAGGAUGACAUAGGUGCAGAAGUAGAUAAUUUGAAUGAUACACGAGCAUCAGAGGAUCAAACUGAUGAUGGGGCAGUCACUGAAACUCGUCCUCUAUCAACUUAUACUUUGAGAAGGAAAUCAGGGAGGUCGCGCUUGGAGAGUUCUAUUGCACAAGGAAGAGCACCUUCGGCUAGAAGGUCUAGAAGUUCCGCAAGGUUGGAAUCCUCUAAACAUGACAAUUCUGUGCCAUGUGAAGACGGUGAAAAGAUUGCUGGGGUUCUGUCGUCAACUACAGUCCAUGAAGGUUCCAUGAGAAAGAGUAGACGAACAAGGAGAACUCUAGAUGUUUCUAAAGGGAGUGAUAUGGAUUCUCCUACUUGUCCUCCAAAUGGAAGCAUAGAUGACAACGGCUCUGAAAUACUGAGUAUGGACUCAGAUUCUAAUAGUAAUGAAGGCAGUGCUGUUGAUUCUAGUUGUAGACCUUUGCACUCUGAGACUCCGGUUGAAUCCGUGGAGGGAGAUGUUGAAUUGAACAAAGGGCUUGACCUCAAGAUAAAGGCUGUUGUGCUCAGAAAAAAAAGAAAACUAAACAGGAAGCGAGCACUCAAUGAUGGUACUGAACCCACUUUAAAUGACACGGAACCUUCACAUGUUGCAAGUAAGGGCACUGGUCAAAAUUCAGAAAGUGCUCCUGAUUGUGAAUGUCCGAGGGAAGAUGGAGAUGAGCACUUACCCUUAUUGAAACGAGCUAGGGUACGCAUGGGCAAAUUAUCAACUGCAGAAGCUGUCAUUAAUACCUCUUCUCCUACAGAGGAGAAAGUAUCAGCAGAAGGUACUGCAAAUCCUCCGGUGCAGAGCAGCUCGUCUUUAGAUUGUGACGAUGUUGAUCAACCAAUGACAAAAGAAGCUUCAGAUGAUGUUUCACCAUCAGACAAUUGUAUACAAUCUCCGGAAUUCAGACAUCAACCAUGGAAAGAUACGACGAAUCAGUCAAAUGUUGGUUCGACAGAUGUUGAAGCUGCUUUACCUCCCUCUAAGCGCCUUCACCGAGCUCUUGAAGCUAUGUCAGCCAAUGUUGCUCAAGAAAGUCCAUCUUCUGAUGGCGCAUUAUUAGCCACACAAAGUUGUUCAUCUGUUCGGAGUUCUCCUCAUUUAGCGAUUGAAAGCAAUGUUAGCAAUGGUUCUAGAGUGCCUCCUUCAGAUUCUUUGGGCAACCUUGCUCCUAAGGAUCAUGUUCCUUCAUUUUCUAUUACUUUAAGCCCCAAAGGUUUAGAAGAAACUGCAAAGCUUAGUCAAGAAUCGGACAGUUUCCAUCAAAAUAUUGAAAUCCAAAAGCAGGAGGAAGUUGUUGCUAGUGAUGGAAACUGUCUUGAUGGAAGUGAUGCUUGCAUUUCACCGUCAGCUAAUCUGGUUGCUGCAUCUGCAAAGCAAAUUCAAUCUGUCGGGCACAUACCCCUUCGAGCUGAGGUGAGUGCAGUUACACUGAGAUCAGAUAACGUCUUAUCAGAACAACCAUUGCAUAGAGAAGAUGAAGAGAAUGUUGCCAAGUUUGAUUUACUGAACACUGGGGCCAACAGUUGUGAUAAGCUGUUCAGUAUUUCGGGUACUUCUGGUAGUCUAGAUCAGGCCAUAGAGAUUGAAAGAACUGCUGCAGUCUUGUCCAGUCAUCGGGCUGAAGAGCUGCGGCAGAGCUCAGAAGACUUUAGUUGCAAGAAUAUGGAGCACACGAAGUCUGAAGAUGGUGAUAGCUGUCAUGUUAAUGGCAUGUAUAUUGCAUCUGAAGGCCGACAUAAACAAGCUCCCAAGGACAAAAAUAAUGCCUCUUUUCCUAAUGGUCACUUAUCUGACAAAGAAAACUCAAUUGCCUUUUCAAGCGCUUCUUCGACUGAUAGACCUCAAACACCUCAGCGAGCAUCUCCACCAAGUUCCGCAUUGUGCAAUAUGUCCACCUCAGAUAGCAGUAAAUUUACCCUAAGUAAUGGAAGUGCAAGCCCUGUGGUCAGUUUGCCUCAGAAAAAAGCUUUGCAUGGUUUAGCUGAUUGUGAAGGCAAACUUGAGUCCAUGACUCAACAACCAAGAUCUGUGGGUAAGGGGAGCUCUUCAGAUGCCCACGCUUUGCUGUCAUCUUUUGAGGCUGUGUUGCGAAUCUUAACAAGAACAAAGGAGAGCAUUGGCCGAGCAACACGUGUAGCUAUUGACUGUGCAAAGUAUGGUGCCACUACUAAGGUGGUUGAAGUGCUAGCCCGUAACUUAGAGAGUGAAUUGAGCUUACACCGAAGAGUAGACUUGUUUUUUCUGGUCGAUUCUAUAAUGCAGUGCUCCCGAGGUUUGAAAGGUGAGGCGGGUGGUGCAUAUCCAUCAGCUAUCCAGGCACUGUUGUCACGAUUGCUGGCAGCUGCUGCUCCACCUGGAAAUACUUCACACGAAAAUCGAAAACAGUGUCUUAAGGUUUUGAGACUUUGGCUAGAAAGAAAGAUCUUGCCAGAAUCCAUCAUACGUCAUCACAUGAGAGAGCUUGAUAUGAUGAGUGGUUCGUCUUCAGCUGGUCCCUAUUCUCGUCGCUCUUCAAGAACAGAAAGAUCUUUUGAUGAUCCUAUUAGAGAAAUGGAGGGGAUGCUAGUGGAUGAAUAUGGCAGCAAUUCAAGUUUUCAGCUUCCCGGAUUCUGCAUGCCUCGAAUGCGGAAAGACGAAGAUGAAGGAAGUGAUUCUGAUGAGAGUUUUGAAGCUGUCACCCCUGAGCACACUUCUGAAGCUCCCGAGCAGGAAAUGACCUCUGCUAUAGCAAAGCAUAGACAUAUUCUGCAGGAUGUUGAUGUUGAACUCGAGAUGGAAGAUGUGGCUCCUUCUGAAGUUGAGAUGAACUUGACAAAUGGUAUUGUGGGUUCAGCACAGAAUCCACAGAAUAUUGAGCAACAUAUUCCGCCUGCCUUUGCUCCUCGAGACAUGCUUCCAGCAUCUCCACCUCUGCCUUCAUCCCCUAUUCAGCUUCCACCACCACCGCCACCACCACCACCUGCACUUCCACCACCGCCACCGCCACCGUCUCAUCCACCAUUCCACUCUGGCUCCACAAUUUCAGAUCGUCUUGCCGGUGCGGCCAAUCAUCAUGUUAAUGCAAAUGCUCAUAAUCUUCAGGAUAAUAUGGGACCACCAGUUUGUCACCAGCCUGUCCCACCGAGAGUUGACCCUAGAGUGUCUGGCGGAGUCCAUCUUCAUGCUCCCGAGUGCAGAGACAGACAGAAGCAUAUGCAUAUAUCUGAUUCUACAAGCUCUUAUGGCAGGAGAUCUGUGAGUAACAAUAGUCACGAUGCGGAUGAUGUUGCCUGGAACCAUAAACCUUAUCCUAUGAGGCCACCUCAUGCUGUUCCACCAAAUCAGUUCUCUUAUGUCCAUUCAGACCAGCGGACCAGGUCUCGUAGGGAGGCUCCUCCACCUUCCCACAACAGGUUCCACUUUCCACAUAACAGGGGCAGUGGGAAUCACUACAAUAAUCAUGAGAGAAUGAAACCACCCCCAUAUGAGACCAGAGAGAACUGGAGAUUUUCAGCACCUUUUUCUGGGUCACGGUAUCAUGAUAAAGAAAAAAACUAUGGACCUGAUCAGUAUGACUACCCGCCAUGUGAGCCAACAAGGUUCCCAAACCAUGGAUGGGAUUGUCCUCCUCGACCAAUGAAUCACAGAAAUCAUGUGCCAUUUAGACCACCACCCUAUGAAGGUGACUUAGUACAACCCCCUUUUGAUCAGGGUUUAGAGGGUCUGAUCUUGGUUGUUCUCCAAGACCGUGCAAAGCAGGUAUUUCCUGACAAGAGGCUGCAAAGGGUUGGCCCACCCCCAAUCUUCGAGCUCCGUCCACACGAAGCGAGGAUGGGCGCUUCGCAGUCGGUCCCUGAAAAAUCAAUCCACGAGUUCACCGUCAAGGAUAGUAGAGGGAAGGACGUUGACUUGAGCGCGUACAAAGGGAAGGUCCUUCUCGUCGUUAACGUUGCCUCCAAAUGUGGAUUCACGAACUCCAACUAUACGCAGCUUACCCAGCUUCACAACAAGUACAAAGACCAAGGUCUGGAGAUCUUGGCUUUUCCAUGCAAUCAAUUUUUGAAACAAGAGCCUGGAACAAGUCAGGUGGCACAAGAAUUUGCAUGCACAAGAUACAAAGCUGAAUACCCGAUCUUCCACAAGGUACGAGUUAACGGACCCGACACAGCACCUGUCUAUAAGUUCCUCAAAGCAAGUAAAUCAGGAUUUUUGGGUUCAGGAAUAAAAUGGAACUUCACGAAGUUCCUUGUUGAUAAGGAGGGGCGUGUUAUCAGUCGCUAUAGCCCAACCACCUCUCCUUUGGCCAUUGAGGCGGACGUAAAGAAGGCAUUGGGAGAGGCAUGAUGUACCUUGCAUUACAGGAGGAACCUGUUGGAAAUGUAAAGAGGCGAUAUAAAAGUCUGAGGCAGCUGCUUUUUCAGUUUGUUUAUAUUUGUUCAUGUGUUUAGCAUACGAGUUUUUGUUGCAAUAUGUAUGCAUUUUAUGGCCAUCUUUUCUGGUGUCAGUUGUUAAUAAUGGUUGGGAUGCUGUUUCGUUGUCGACUGUAUGACUUGUAUUUUGUCAUCACUAUGCUCCUGACGCUAGAAUAGUCCGCUGUCGUUCACCAGUUCAGAAAUGAUGAGGUGGGUUUUGGGAA